AUGCCAGAACAAAGUAAUGAUUAUAGAGUGGUUGUGUUUGGAGCAGCAGGUGUUGGUAAAAGUUCUUUGGUUCUUCGUUUUGUGAGGGGAACCUUCAGGGAAACAUACAUCCCGACUGUUGAAGACACUUACCGCCAAGUGAUCAGCUGUGACAAGAAUAUCUGCACUCUUCAGAUCACAGACACCACUGGAAGCCACCAGUUCCCUGCCAUGCAAAGACUCUCUAUUUCCAAAGGCCAUGCAUUCAUGUUGGUGUACUCGGUCACCAGUCGGCAAUCGCUAGAAGAGUUGGAGCAGAUCUAUGAGCAGAUCUGUCAAAUCAAAGGAGACAUCCAAAAGGUACCUAUCAUGUUGGUAGGAAAUAAGAGUGACGAUACCCAGAGAGAGGUGGAUGCCAGUGAAGGUGAAGUCCUUGCAGGCAAGUGGAAAUGUUCCUUCAUGGAGACGUCGGCAAAAAUGAACUACAAUGUGCAGGAGCUUUUCCAAGAGCUCUUGAAUUUGGAGAAGAGAAGAAGUGUAAGUCUUCAGGUUGAGGGUAAGAAAUCCAAACGGCAGCACAAGAAAGAUAAACUGAAAGGCAAGUGCUCCGUCAUGUGAACAGCUGUGGUCUGAGCCUUCUGGAUGAUCAAAGAAAGCCGAGACUGAACCUUGCGGAGCAUUCUCAUACGCAGUGGAACAUGCCUGGGCCUUGGAGCCUUUCAGAGAAGAAUGGCCGUAGGAUGGUUUUAUAGUAGAGCUCAUGGGCAUUUGAAUAUUUACUUGGUGAAAGUUUUGCAUGUUCCAUUUCAACCAAACAAACUUCUUGGGAAGCAAAUUCCAUCACUGUCAUCAAAGCCCCUCCCAUACAGCAACAUCUCUCGACUACAUACAGUAAGAUAAGCAGUUAUAGUCAAGUGUAUGAUAAAGAGCAACAGAAAUAUCUUAUGUCUGCAUGUAGUAAUGCUUUUACAAUAUCUCUGAAAUGUCAUAGAGCCUAUUAUGGAACUGUGUAAAGGAACAAAUGAUUCUAAGCUUGUAUCAGAAGAGGGCUAUAGUCCUUAAGCCCAAUACAGUAUUUUUGUUUGCAUUUUAUAUGUAUGUCAAAUAGACAAACAAAAAGCCUUCAGACAUAUGCAAUCAGGUUAAGUUUGAUCAUUUACUACUAUCAGUGAAAAGUUCUUAUCAUUUGCAUUAGUUGUUUGAAUGUGUGAACAGGAAGGGAAGAAGAAACCGCGAUCCUUACCAAAGACAUGCUACUUGUUUCAUGUUCAGUGUUAAAAUUCCUUGUGUGGUAUGCUGACAAUGAUUUUAUGUGAAUGAUUAAAG